AUGAAGAUCCGGGAUGGCUCGUCGGUGUUGAACACCGACGGCAGCAUCCCGAUUGACUUUGGGUCUGACAUCGAGGAUGUCCCCAUGGAGGAGGACGAGGAGGCCUCGUCCUCGGCUGCCGAGUCUAAGGCGGCCGAAACAACGCCCGAUCCACUCACUGGAUCGCGGCGAUGGCGUGAUGAUGAUCCGGGCGCUUCGAGUUCGAAGCGUCCGCGUACCGGAGAAGAGACACAGCAGUCACCAGUGUCGGUGACGCUCUCUUCUCAUUCUCGCACUGCAAGUGAUGUUGCAGUGCGCCCUGCUUGGAUGCCUUCUGCAUCCGAGAUCGCUGACAGGUUCGGCUCGACCUCACCGCCGAACCCGAUACCCUUGAAUGUUUGCAGCGCCAUCAAUGAUGACGCUGAAGUUGCCAACAUGCACUUUGAUCCGUCUACGAAUCAAAGGCGUGAUUACUACAUCGGACUCUUUCAUGAGCUCCGAUG